AUCGCUGCUGGAGGCGGGGCGGGGUAAGCCCAAUGGUGGCGCCGGGGUUCCAACUCAAUUCAUCAACUCGGAUGUUCUUGCUGCAGAUGAGCUGCGCAGAUUGAUCCGAAUCAUACAUCUUUACGGCUGUUUUCGAGUCACAUGGUUGGCGGGAACGGAGCAUCACCGACACCAGCGGCCGGACACCAUUCCAGGGUCCUGGUGUAGGGGAUGGAUGACCUGGACGAUCAGGGCCCGGAUCGAGUGUCGGGACGGAGGGUUAUGCUAAUGAAAGGAUACAACCUGGAUGGGCUCCCGUUCCCCUCCUGGAUGACCUAUGUUCCACCAUAUACUUGCUCGGGCAGCGACAUUCGAGGCUUCUUGUCUGUGAGUUGGAGAGGGUGAUUCCUCGCAUCUU